AUGCGUGCUUUUGUGGUCAUGUGCUUCGUGGCUUUAGCCACUGCCGAUAAACUGGGCUACAACUAUCAGCCUGUGGGACACUCGGAUAGCGGAUUGUCCUUCAGCCCUGGCAGCAGCGGAUUGGGCGGUGGCUUAUCUGGCGGUCUUGGUGGUCUUAGCGGCGGCUCUUCUGCUGGAUUAGGAGGUCUCAGCGGAAGCUUAGGCGGCUCGUUAGGUGGUCUAGGCGGUGGUUUAUCUGGUGGUCUCAGUGGUACCGGUGGUUUGGGCAGUCUUGGUGGCUCCAUAGGAGGCCUGGCUGGCCCAAGCGGUGGCAAUCUCGGCGGCCUAGGUGGUAGCUCUUCGGGUAGUCUCGAAAGUAACUCAGAUGGUAAUGACAGCAGUGAUUCUAGUAGUAGCAGUGGACCUAAUAGCAGCAGCAGCAGCUCAGCUGGUGCACCAGGCGCAGUGGAAUACGAAAAGAAGUUCUACACAUACACUGCUGAUGACAAUGACUUCGAUGAACCCGAAGCCAAUGAUCAAGCAAGCCGCUCAGCAAAGAAAAACAUUCGAGUUAUUUUCAUCAAGGGACCCGAAAACAAUGCUUUGGAGAAUGCUGCCAUCAAUUUGGCCAGACAAGCGUCGGAACAGAGAACCGCCAUUUAUGUGUUGCAGAAACAAACUUCUGUGAGUGAUUUAGCCAAUAAACUGCAGGAUUCACAUGACGCCCAGACUCACCAGCCCGAGGUGCACUUUGUCAAGUACCGUACGCCAGAAGAUGCGGCCAACGCACAAAAGGCCAUUCAAGCUCAAUAUGAUCAACUGGAUGGACCAUCGCAAGCGCAUGAUGGUGGUAUAGCUCCAGUGCAUAACUUCGCAUCGCCUGCUGCGCACGGUGGUCCGUCAGGUGCCGAUGACGGUGUGUCUGGCCCAGCAGGUGGUGUAUCAGGUGGAAACGGGCAAUUUGGUGGCCUUUCGGGUGGCCCUGGAAAGAGUGCACCAAGCGCAACAUAUUUGCCUGCCGCAAUUCUGCGCAAACUUCGUUUUUAA